CUGUGGCUGAAGGUGGCGGGGUAAGGUCCAGUCCAGCAGGGGUUGUAAUAGUUAGUUGUGAGUGUGUCAAGGGCCCGGUUGUGUCACGCCGCGCUUCGCUUCAUAUCUUAACAACGCUCUGCGCUAGUUAGGCAAGAAGACCUUUACACAUCGUUCAGUCACCAAGAGUUCCCUAGCCGUCAGCAAUGGACACCUCCCUCUACCACCAAUACGUCGGUGACACACCACACCACCACAGGGUUCGUCCCGUGGUGGUCGGCGCGCCCUACGUGCUGUGUACCUUUGCCCUGGGCAUCAUCCUGAUGGCUGUGGGCACCUUCAUUACCUCGCACGCCUACGAUGAUAAGAAUAGAGACCCCGUGCUGCUGGGCGUGGGUCCGGGUCUGCUGGGGCUGGGAGGUCUGCUGCUGCUCAGCGCCGUCGUCAUCUGCGUGGUGGCAUGCCUGAGGAAUCGCAAGCUCCGGGAAGUUUUGUCAGACGACUUCUUCACCAUCGGAGCCUCAACAUUUUAUGGAGGCAAUGAGUUUGUUCAUCUGAACGACGAGAACGAGAUGGGCACUUACUCUUCCCGACACCACCGACGCCGCCUCUCCAUCUCGGGCGGCGUCACGGACUCCAAUGAAGGCGUCAUGAUUCUGGCCAGCACUGUAGCCGAGGAGAGAGAAAGACAGAGAAAAAACUCACGAAAGUUUGCUCGGAAUCCGUCCCACAAGAGUGUCAGCCAGGCCUGCUACAUGGGACCGCAGGGACUCGCACAGGACCGCCUGAGUAGGGAAGACCCUGACUACCUGGGGCUGGAUCCAAUCCGACGAGCAGAACUGCUUCCCGAGCUCGCACAAGACUACGGCCAGAGUGAGAGCGACGACUCUCGCUACAUUCCUAGGGACCGAUCCACCAGCAUGUCUGUUCGCCUGCCGCGGUCGCACCUGACUCCAGUUGAGCAGAGACUGCACAGAAAUCUGUCCUACACCCCGGCCUCCCGCGUAAGACUCCAGCAACAGCUUCAGCGCCAACGGCAGCAAGCGGGCCUGCGCGACCAGGGUUGGGAGGUGCAGCAGUCUGAGCCUCAGCGGAAACGCAGCUCCAAAAGAAAAGCUCAGGCCAUCAUCAACGAGGUCGCAGAGGGUCCUACUGUACAUCAGCUUCCAAAAUACGAUCCUGACCUCCUGGCCGCCUUGGGUUUGGGACCAAGUCAACCCCGCCUGAACAGAGGCAUGAGUGAGGACGGACAUCUGGUCUCGGAAGCUGCCCGGUCCACCGACUGGAGAGACAAUCCCGACGUGACACACGGCAGCCUCGGAAACACCCGACGAAGACCGUCCGUGGUGAUGGGCGUGAAGGGCCUGCGUCCCAAGCAAUCUGGGACCGCCUACAGGCACACCUCUUCCAUCUACGCCUCUGACAUGGAGUUGCACAGGACUGAUGCGACAGUCACCAGCGAUACGUCCCAAGCAGUACAAGAAUUUCGAGAUUUCCAGGCACAGGUCGGCAAUGCUCAAUACCUCUCCCCUCCAGAAUCUAGCAUGACCAACCGCAGCCUUGGGUCCUCUCCCACACUACUGCCUCCUUACGACUAUGAAGACACCUUACCUCAGCCGGAAACCAGGAGGGAAAACACACCUACUUCCACGCCAUCACACAAGCAUAGGAGGCGCCCGUUAUCGAACAUAUCAUCAGCGUCUGAGUCUUGUUGCUCCGAGUGCUGCGGGAGUCACCAGCAGAGUAUGAAUGGAGUGCCUAGUGAACAGGAACUCCCGAUAAGACCACCCAACCAAGAGGAAGACCAAAGCACUGACCAGGAACGAGAGGAUAGUGACGCUUGAGUCGAGCUGAAGGAGAGGAUAGCAUUGUAGUUCAUGAUCUUGUCUACGCUAUUGCUUUGAGCCAUACUGAAGAUGAUCUUUAAGUAGCAUUAAUUGUAUAGUCCUCCCUCCUUAUCUUAGCGAGGAUAUUGUCGUAAUCAUAUUUGUCACUUUGGUGGAGAUGGUUCGGAUAUUCACGUGCUCUCCAUACUGUCUUGAACCGUCUUUUUCUAUGUAAGAGGGCCUACAGUGAAGGACUACAAAAAAAGUAAAAAAGCCCACUAAAGUUCCAGUCCCUAAAGAAAAGGGCCAAAAGGAUUAUCUAUAUCUGAGGAGAAGGAUGUGAUAUGUAACUAUAUAAAACCUAGAUACUAAGGAACUUUUUUUAAAGUUUAUAUUAAUUUGGUGCCUUUGAACCUGAACGAAGAACUGACACGCUUUGAUUACUUCGUAUGCUUUUACAUCUCAUUCCUUUUGGUUUGUCUCCAUAAUCUUCACCACCAUGUCCAUCCUCUCUUACCAAUCCACGUUCCUCAUUCCACCACUUGAGUCUUGAGAAGUAAUCACUGUUGCAUCGUGUUAAAUAUUCAACUACUGUGAAUAUUGAAAACCAUUUUCUUCCUUCUGUGAAUCGUGUAAACUUUUUUCUCCAUUGUAAUUAAGGUAAAUGAUUUUUUCUCUUGUAAAUACUGUAAACUAUUACUUUCCUUGUGUUCUUAGAUUGGUUCUUAACAAUUAUAUUUGUUGCUGUGAGUUUUAGGAUACCUCAGAGAUAUUAAUCUUGCUCAUGUCAGACACCAGCACUUUUACUGCUUUGAAAAUAAUCAUAAAGGAAAAGUAUAUAUAAAUAUAUACCCUAAGGUCAUACAA